AUGACCGUCACGCAAGUCUACGUACUCUACAAGGCCCCGCACCUCACGGCGGACCAAUUCAAGCACCACUACGAAACCAGCCACGCCCCGCUCGUCCGCGAACUGGUCGGCGACAAAGCCGAGCUGCCCCUCCUGUACAAGCGGCACUACGUCGUCAAGCAGGGCGACGCUCCUCCCGCGCCCGGAGUGGCCUCCGUCGACUUCGACGCCAUCACGACGCUGGUGUUCCGCGACCAGGCUGCGGCGGACAAGUUCGCCGAGGUCAUCACUCGGCCGGGGAACAAGGAGCGCGCGGAAGCCGAUUCGGCAAAGUUCCUCGACCUUAGCCGUGGGGGGGCAGUUCUCGUGGAGACGUCGGAGAAGUUUUGA